AUGGCUCUUGGAGUUGCUAAGAUUGCAGCCAAAGUUUCUGCUGUGGGAGGUGUCCUCUACUGGUCUGUGCAGCAAGGAAUCUGGGGCAGCAGCAAGGAGGGCUCUGAGGCAGGCAAGAAACUGACUAGGACCUUUGUGGAACCAGCUAAAAAGUGCAUUGAAAAGAUUCCAUCUUUGACCGAUAUCUCAAGCAAGGAAUACUGGAAUUCAGGAGUCUCAUCCUGGCUGAAUUCAGUGUCACAGUUAUCAGAUAUGGGAAGAGUACCAACACAGAAAUCAAAAUCAGCUAGUUCGCUUUAG